AUGAGGCGGAGACUGCACCGCACAGCAACUCGAGCCCUUCCCCGGGGAUUCCUCAUGCUGCCCUCUCACAGUACCUAUGACACUUGUCAUUUCCUCCUCCUUCCCUCCCCCAAGGAAGCUGGAACCUGUCCCCAGUGGAAGUGUCCCUUUAAUAGCUGCUGGCCCGCCGGCUUGGACGCCUGCUUUACCUCCUAUUCAGCUGUGGCUGCAGCUGCUGUGCUGACUCAUGUGCCCCAGCAGACAGCAGGAGCUGGAAGCAUGGGCUCCCCGGGGGCCCUGGCGGGCUGGGGGCUUCUGGAUUACAAAACGGAGAAGUAUGUGAUAACCAGGAACUGGCGGGUGGGCGCCCUGCAGAGGUUGCUGCAGCUCGGGGUCAUGGCCUACGUGGUGGGGUGGGCUCUCCUCGCCAAAAAAGGCUACCAGGAGCGAGACCUGGACCCCCAGAUUUCCGUCAUCACCAAACUCAAAGGGGUUUCUGUGACCCAGAUCGAGGAGCUGGGUAACCGACUGUGGGAUGUGGCAGACUUCGUGAAGCCACCACAGGGAGAGAAUGUGUUCUUCUUGGUGACCAAUUUUCUUGUGACGCCAGAACAAGUUCAGGACAGAUGUCCAGAGCACCCUUCCAUCCCGCUGGCUAACUGCUGGGCUGAUGAGGACUGUCCGGAAGGGGAGACGGGGACACACAGCCACGGCAUAAAAACGGGCCAAUGUGUGGAAUUCAACGGGACCCACAGGACCUGUGAGAUCCAGGGCUGGUGCCCCGUGGAGAGCGGCACUGUGCCCAUGAAGCCCCUACUGGUCCAGGCAGAGAACUUCACCUUGUUCAUCAAGAACACUGUCACCUUCAGCAAGUUCAACUUCUCCAAGUCCAAUGCCUUAGACACCUGGGACGCCACUUAUUUCAAGCGCUGUCGCUACGACUCACGCUACAGCCCUUACUGCCCUGUGUUCCGCAUUGGGGAUCUCGUGGCCGCAGCUGGAGGGGUCUUUGAGGACCUGGCAUUGCUGGGAGGUGCUGUGGGCGUCCGAGUCCACUGGGAUUGUGACCUGGAUGCUGGGGGCUCCGACUGUCGGCCCCACUACUCCUUCCAGCUGCAGGAGAGGAGCUACAACUUCAGGACAGCCACUCACUGGUGGAAAGCCUCAGGUGUGGAGGCUCGGAGUCUGCUCAAGCUCUACGGGAUCCGCUUCGACAUCCUUGUCACUGGGCAGGCAGGGAAGUUCGGCCUCAUCCCCACGACCAUCACUCUGGGCACCGGAGCAGCUUGGCUGGGUGUGAUCACCUUCUUCUGUGAUCUGCUGCUGUUGUAUGUGGACGAAGAAGCCCAUUUCUACUGGAGGACCAAGUAUGAGGAGGCAAAGGCUCCGAAGGUGACCACCAACCCCGAGCAGACAGAACCAGCUUCUGCACCCCCGUGCAUGGCUGCCCAGGUGUCUUAGAGGGGACCCAGUCUGGGAGCCAGACACCGACACCAGAGUGACCGUGCCAAGGCUCCGGUC